UGAAAGGGAGCAUGAACUCUGAUGCGCUUACUUUCACGCAUCUUGUUUCCUGCCCGCAUGUUUCCGUGGCAGCGGCAAAAUAGCUCGUCGUCGCACCGAGUGAGAAACGACAGCCAAAGGAAGAGCUCGUCCCAUUUUUUUUCACAACCAAAGAGAGAACACCGCAACAUAAAGCCAAGCCUUUGUAAAGAAGACUCGUAUGUGCAGGAGCUCAGAAGCGUGAGGAAGAGCACAUUUUAGCGAAUUAUCCUCUGCAAGGACGGACCUGACCCUCGUUUUAAUGUGUUUGUUUUUUUAGAUAAAUCUCGUAUCUAUUUAUUUUUGGUUUGAGAAAACUGCAGUUAAAGCAACUUGGCCGUUUUAUUACCGCCCACGUUUUGAAAGCAACAUCUGUUUGGCCGAUUGUCAAUCGAUUCUCAUGUAUUUCGCAGAAGGCAUAUCCUAGUUAGGUACGUUUUUUAACUGCUUUUCUUUACCCACGUCCUGUUCGGAAUAAAAAAAGGCUAGUUUUUCAACGCUGCUUGUGAGAAAUUCCCCAGGCAAAAUUCCAUUCGUUCCGAUGAGACCAGACAACUCACAGUGGUCAUCUGUUUUCAAGGCGAUCCACAUGCAUUGCCAAACUCUGCGUUUUUAUUAGCUAAAGCUUUGGCGGUCAUAACUUGUUAGACGGGCUACAUUGUAGAACAAGAAGAGCUAUAUCAAAUAAGAUGUUGCUCAAGGAGUACAGGAUAUGCAUGCCGCUGACUGUCGAGGAGUACAGGAUUGGUCAGCUAUAUAUGAUCAGCAAACACAGCCAUGAGCAGAGUGACCGCGGCGAAGGGGUGGAGGUGGUCCAGAAUGAACCGUUUGAUGACCCCGCCCACGGUCGGGGUCAGUUCACUGAGAAACGUGUCUACCUCAACAGUAAAUUGCCCAGCUGGGCUCGAGCAGUGGUGCCCAACAUCUUCUACGUAACAGAGAAGGCCUGGAACUACUACCCCUACACCAUCACAGAGUACACAUGUUCUUUCUUGCCCAAGUUCUCCAUUCACAUAGAGACAAAAUACGAGGACAACAAAGGCAGCAAUGACAACAUCUUCUCAGACAGUGAAAAUAAAGACCAGGAAAGGGAAGUGUGUUUUGUGGAUAUCGCCUAUGACGAGAUCCCUGAGAGAUACUAUAAAGAAUCUGAGGACCUGCGGUACUUCAAGUCAGAGAAGACGUCGAGGGGCAUGCUGCAGGAGGGCUGGAGGGACACCCAGGAGCCCAUCAUGUGCUCCUACAAGCUGGUCACUGUCAAGUUUGAGGUGUGGGGCCUGCAGACGCGCGUGGAGCAGUUUGUACACAAGGUGGUGCGUGAUGUGCUGCUCCUAGGCCACAGGCAGGCUUUUGCCUGGGUGGAUGAGUGGAUCGACAUGACGAUGGAUGAGGUGAGAGAGUAUGAGCGCACCAUCCAGGAAGCCACCAAUGAGAAGAUCGGGAUUUUCCCCCCGUCGAUCUCCAUCAGCGAGAUGCCCCUGUCCUCCUGCACCCUCUCCGGCCCCGCCAGCGCCCCCACCACCCCCCUCUGCACUGACGCGCCCGAGUUCCUCUCCGUCCCCAAGGACAGAGCCCGCAAGAAGUCCGCCCCUGAGACCCUCACCCUGCCCGACACCGCUGCCCAGAACCAGAGUGGAGUCCCCCAAAGCUCUAUGCCGGUGCCGCUUCCAAAUCACUCCCCCUGGCCCUCCUCUGACUCUGACCAGGCUGAGUUAGGGGGAAUAGGAGGGACGGGAUGUUCUUUUCCCCCAUAUGCCCUGCCACCUCAUUGUCUUAGGAGCCCAGCAAGACUAGCCUCUACACCCCAGUGCCCAGUCCUCCAGGCCCAACAAACCAUAUUGCAGAGGUCAGUGCUUCUUACACAUCUCCAGAGGUCAAAGGUCUUACCACCAGUUUCCAAUCUCCAAUAUCCUCAACAGAAGUCUGUUUUGUCAGCCUUUAAAUGGAUGGCUUCCUGAGAUCUAGCCAAUCAGCUAUCUGAUCUACUGUAACAACCACCCAAGUUGUCCAUCAAGAGAACAUAUCCACAAGGGGUUUUGUGUGCUGUCCUCAAUUAGCGAUCCCUGCGUUCGUCAUAAAAUAUGUUACUGACAAAAUGCCAGAUGGAUUUAUUUUUAAUUUUUAAUCCGGUCAGCUGAUAAACCUUAUGUAAUGUAAAUGUAGCUGCCAUAACAACAUGAAAAUAGAGAGACAAUGAUAUUAAUAUUGUUUUGUUCACUUGAGUGAAUGAACAUCUUUUCAUAGAAUUCUCAAAUAUCAAAUUAUAAUUUUGACCUUGAAAUAAAAUCAACUUUUAAAUUAACAAAAUGGAAGUAGAAGUACUGUAGUAUAGUUAGUUUUAUUACUACAAUGAUUCACUAAAAAGAUACCACCUUUAACCUGGACGGAGGAGAGACCAUUCAAAACUGAACCCAGAUCUGUGUGUGUUCAUGUCUCUCCACUCCACACUCCAAUUGAAACAGGUGGAAGGUCAGUACAACCACAGAAAGAGAUCCCAUCUCAGGUCUCCAGAGCUCUGCUUCUUUAGGAAGGGCAGGGAACGUAACCAUUCUCUCCCUGCUUUAAAACACAGUUUUUAUACCUGCAUCUAUACUCACCUGUCUACUUAACUAGCCUUUGGAACGUUUACACAACAUUAGAUAAGCCAUGAUAAAAUACAUAUUGGGCAUAAAGUUUGACAUUGGAGACUGAUGCAUUCAGUUUAAUCAAAUUGGUAUAGCAACAGAACCGAUAUGACUAGGAAAAAUGCUGUAAAAGUACAGUUGAAGUCGGAAGUUUACAUACACCUUAGCCAAAUACAUUUGAACUCAGUUUUACACAAUUCCUGACAUUUGAAUCCUAGUAAAAAAUCCCUGUUAGUAUUACCUUUAAAUUGUUUAACUUGGGUCAAAUGUUUCAGGUAGCCUUCCACAACCUUCCCACAAUAAGUUGGGUGAAUUUUGUCCCAUUCCUCCUGACAAAGCUGGUAUAACUGAGUCGGGUUUCUAGGCCUCCUUGCUCGCACGCUCUUUUUCAGUUCUGCCCACACAUUUUCUAUGGGAUUGAGGUCAGGGCUUUGUGAUACCUUGACUGUGUUGUCCUUAAGCCAUUUUGCCACAACUUUGGAAGUAUGCUUGGGGUCAUUGUCCAUUUUAGAAGACCCAUUUUUGACCAAGCUUUAACUUCCUGACUGAUGUCUUGAGAUGUUGCUUCAAUAUAUCCACAUAAUUUUCCUCCCUCAUGAUGCCAUCUGUUUUGUGAAGUGCACCAGUCCCUCCUGCAGCGGCCUUUCAGGUUAUGUUGAUAUUGGACUUGUUUUACUGUGCAUAUAGAUACAUUUAUACCUGCUUCCUCCAGCAUCUUCACAUGGUCCUUUGCUGUUCUUCUGGGAUUGAUUUGCACUAUUCACACCAAAGUACGUUCAUCUCUAGGAAACAGAACGCGUCUCCUUCCUGAGCGUUAUGAUGGCUGCGUGGUCCCAUGGUGUUUAUACUUGUACAGAUGAACGUGGUACCUUCAGGCGGUUGGAAAUUGCUCCCAAGGAUGAACCAGACUUGUGGAGGUCUACAAUUUUUUUUCUGAAGUCUUGGCUAAUUUCUUUUGAUUUUCCCAUGAUGUCAAGCAAAGAGGCGCUGAGUUUAAUGGUAGGCCUUGAAAUACAUCCACAGGUACACCUCCAAUUGACUCAAAUGAUGUCAAUUAGCAUAUCAGAAGCUUCUAAAGCCAUGACGUCAUUUUCUGGAGUUUUCUAAGCUGUUUAAAGGCGCAGUCAACUUAGUGUAUGUAAACUUCUGACCCACUGAAUUGUGAUACUGAAUUAAGUAAAAUAAUCUGUCUGUAAUCAAUUGUAGGAAAAAUUACUUGUCAUGCACAAAGUGGAUGUCCUAACCAACUUGCCAUACUAUAGUUUGUUCACAAGAAAUUUGUGGAGUGGUUGCAAAAUGAGUUUAAAUGACUCCAACCUAAGUGUAUGUAAACUUCCGACUUCAACUAUAAGUGAACAUUGAGCACAGUGGAAAUUCCAUGCUUGCUCAGGGCACUUGCUUCAACCUGGCCUUAUUGUAUGUGCUUGAUUAUCUUUGCAUUGUGUUUUUAGAAAUGCCGAUAAUGUUGCUUGCCAAUGUUGGUACUGUACCCGUUUUGGUGGGCUCAAAGUUAUUUUGAAGCAACCAUGUUAGCGGUGGCCAUCUUGUUUUCCCCUGCUCUAGCCUCAUCAGGAACUUUUGGGCGGAGGAAGAAACAUUGAGGACAGAAGGUUUGUCUUUGUGUAAUGCCCUAGCUACUAUUUUAUACAAUCACAUAGAUGCAUCAAGGGGUCUCCAUAUGCCGCAUGAAACGUUCACAAACAUGUAUACAUAUGUAAAGUAUUUGUGUAUAUAAAUGGCAGGAUAUAUUGUUGAUGCGAAAUGGUGGAGAAAGCACAUGUGGCGUUGUCCUAGGCUCUGUAGUUUAACCGUUGUAUAGUAAAGCAGAGUUUUAGCGGAGACUGAAACGGAGCAUGUUCUGAGAAUACAACUCUCUUCUCAGUGCCUCUGCAUGCAAAAGUCUAUAUUGUCUCGUCUGUAUACAACAUCCAAAACGUUUAAAAUAAAGGGAAAAAACGUCCCAUUUAAUUGUAAUGUUAAAGGGCAAUUCCACCACUUUUCAACCUCAUGUUUGUUAUCUCCAGCACAAAAUGAUUGGUGCAUUUCUACGUUCCGUAGAAAAAAUAUAUGAAGUUAAAGUUCUACCCGAUGACGUCAACCAUUUUGAAAACUAUGAUUUUCAAACACUCUGACAUUCGCGGUGACGUGGAGCAAGAAAAUUGCCUCCCUCUGGCUAGAAACUCAUUGUAGGUUUUGAAAAUCUCAGUUUUUCUUUACUUUUAAUCCUACCCUGUGAUGUCACCGAGAAGCAUUUCUUUAGGACACUUCUUCCUGUCUUUGCAACCACAGAUCACAGAAACAUGCCGUUUUCUCAUAUCAAGACACCGGUAUGGUGCCGGAGAUCAUGAAUAUGAGUUUGAAAAUGGUGGAUUUGCCCUUUUUAAGCCUAAUUUUCAAUUUAUUGCAAUGUCAAAACAUUGAUUUGAAAUACAGCUUCAUGUUAGUUAUUUUCAUCAAAAUGUACAAGAUAUUGAGAGAAAUAGCUGACGUUUGUCGUACCUGUUGACCAUUGUUUUGUCCUAAAGACAUUACAUUACAUAUGUGGGCAUUUGCAUUUUGUGAUGAGAGAACGAAAUUAGCUGUUAACAAAUGUACUGACUGUUAUAUCUCUGUUUUUAGGGUUUUGUUGGACCAAAGUUAUACAAGCCCACUUGUUUGUCAGAUAUAGACCACUCUACAGUGUCUAAGUCCAAAAUGUCUCCUCUUUACACAAGACGCUCACUAUCAUUCUAAACUGUACUUGUCUUUGCCGUUACAUUUCCUGUGGGAUACAUGUGUUAAAUGAUAUUGACUAUCAGGAAUAAGAAAAUAGAUCCAGGGAUAUGUUUGAGUGCCAGUAAGCUAAUGCCUAUAUCAAAACAAAUGCAAAAUGACAAGUAUAUUAUUUUUCAGAGUGAAGGACUAGGUUUUGUAAAUAGUGAACUCUUUCAUUUUCAGUUGCGUGCUCCACAUAAGUUCACGGAGACUUUUUGGGUGAGUUUAUGUUGAGCACGAAACGUAUGUGGAGCAUGGAACAGAAAAUGAAAGAGUUAACUAAUUAUAAAACCUAGUCCUUCACUUGGGAAAAAUAACCAACUCUUGAUAUCAUACUUGUCAUUUUGCAUUCGUUUUGAGAGUGCAAAAGUUUGGUUUGUAUCUGUAACAUUUUACGGUGCAAUGUCCCAUUGUUAGUAUUCUUUAUCGAGCUGUUUAAAAAUCCACAAGAGAAAAGACCAUUGUAACUACAUGAUGUACAUUACAACCCUAUGAGCAAAAUACUUUUUUUUAAAUGUCCUUUUUGGUUGAAAGUACUUUGAAAAUACGUAUUAUUCAACAUAUUGUGCUCACUGUGAAAAGAUUUACUUUGAAUUUGCGACCUCCCCAUUUGUAGUGUGCAUCAAACGUUCCGGUUGCUUUUGGUGAUCCUACAGCUCUUUGACAUGACACAUUAUCUAUGAAAACAAUAUUUCAAUCAAUAUGUUUUUCUUUUUAUCGGGGUGACUGUGUUAUACUUUUUGAAUUUAUACAAUACAUCUUGACUCGGAGGUUGGUUUUCUGUUAUAAUUCUCACAACUGCUGUAGUUUUGAUUUUGUGGUUUGCUGUAUUUCAAAUGGCAUCUGUUCAUUCUAAGAAAAGGACCAAGCUUUUCGUUGUGUCCCUCCUGAUGCGGCUUGCCAGGAUAUCGCGCUGUCUCCCUAGCUCUGGUCCGGGUUGUCACUGCUGCUUCCUGACACUCAGCCUCCUGAGCAGGACGAGCGUAAGCAAUCCACACUAACACCCUGGACCAGAGCUUACUCUCCCUAUCUGAAGUGCCAUCCUUGUUCGGCUACUGGAAGUCGCUCUGGGUUCUUCCACUGAUUUAUAUGUUAUAUUUUUACUGCCCUCCUUGAAGUAUAUUUGGUUCUCCGUUGUAAUUAUUGUUUCACUUCUUUUUUUUUCUUAAUUCUUGUGUUAAAUAAAGUUUACUUGCUACUACA